GUGACUUCUGCUGUCGCAUUGUAUACGUCGUAAUGCCAGUUCAAAUUUGCUCGCAACGUUGGACGGUUGUGUUUUAAGGCGCGGGCAAUUUUUCGAUUUUUAAUGAAAUUUGUGUUACAUUUCAUAACUUAAACGACAAAAUUGUGACUUUAGAUGUGAUUCUUUCGUGAUCAUAUACCACUGUAAAAUUGCCUUAAAUAAUUGAACCUAAAAUUAGUGCAGCUUUAUUACAUACCACAUUUCGAUCAAUCAGUUUAAACCGGUGCAUUACACACGAAUAUUCAUCGAAUCACGUCUAUUUUUGUGCAAAGUGAAUUCAAUAUAGGUAUCGCAUUAAAUUCAGUUGCAUGGCAGAAAAAGCAGCCACUUCAAAUCCAGUUACCAGAAAUUGCCAUUGUAUUCAUCGAGUUUUUAACCGAAAUCGUAUCUAAUCAAAGAGGAGCUAUUCACAAUUACUACAAGCUAAACUAUACGGUUGCAAACAGCGUAUAUAAUUGAAUGAUGUUACACUAUAACUCAAUGAGACGAAGUACAAUGAAGUGUCUGACUGCUGAACGAAGUCAGUCAACCACAGAUAGCGUUAGAUUAUCACCAAUCGAAGGAUUGACCUACAAAAUGCGAUCCUGCCAACAGUGUUCAGUAUUCAUAGUUUUAGUCACCUUAGUAGCCUUAAUUGGUAUUGUUUCUCCCAACCCAGUGCAGACGACCACGCAAGCUGAGAUUUAUCUAUCACAAUUCGGUUAUCUGCCUGCAUCAGCCCGUAAUCCUGCAAACGGCGGUUUACUUGAUGCAACCACAUGGACUAAAGCUGUGCAAGAUUUCCAGAGUUUUGCUGGCUUAAAUGUAACCGGAGACUUGGAUGGAGAAACUUUGGAGCUAAUGUCAUUGCCCCGGUGUGGUGUUAGGGAUAAGGUGGGAUUUGGCACCGAUAGUCGUUCUAAGCGAUACGCUUUACAGGGAAGCAGGUGGCGUGUAAAGGCCUUGACAUAUAAGAUUUCUAAAUAUCCUAAACGACUCAAACGCAACGACGUUGACGCCGAAAUAGCACGCGCUUUCAGUGUAUGGAGCGAUUUCACAGAUUUAUCAUUUACUCCGAAGGCUUCUGGACCAGUUCACAUAGAAAUUAAAUUCGUUGAAAGCGAACAUGGGGAUGGUGACGCAUUCGAUGGGGUCGGUGGUACCUUGGCUCACGCAUUCUUUCCUGUCUUUGGCGGUGAUGCACAUUUUGAUGAUGCUGAGUUAUGGACAAUUGGAUCACCUCGUGGCACAAACCUUUUCCAAGUUGCAGCCCACGAGUUUGGCCAUUCAUUGGGCUUGUCUCACUCAGAUGUGCGUUCUGCUUUGAUGGCUCCGUUUUAUCGUGGAUUUGAUCCCGUAUUCAAACUUGACUCCGACGACGUUCUAGCUAUUCAAGCUCUGUAUGGUAAGAAAACUGUCGGAGUAGCUGAUCGUGGUGGUUUUCCAAAAACUACCCAAAGACCAGUGAUUUCACCACCAAAAGUUCCACGGGACGACCUCAUUUGCAAAGAUCCAAAAGUUGACACCUUAUUUAAUUCAGCCGAUGGACAAACAUAUGCAUUCAAAGGAAACAAAUAUUACAGGCUUACUGAAAACUCCAUUGCAGACGGCUAUCCCAAACUUAUAUCGGAUGGCUGGGCGGGUUUACCAGGCGAUAUAGAUGCAGCAUUUACAUACAAAAAUGGCAAGACAUACUUCUUCAAGGGUACCAAAUAUUGGCGUUACAAUGGACGACAAAUGGAUGGUGAUUAUCCAAAAGAAAUUAGUGAAGGAUUUACAGGAAUACCAGAUCAUUUGGAUGCUGCUAUGGUUUGGGGAGGUAAUGGCAAAAUUUACUUCUACAAGGGUAGUAAAUUUUGGCGCUUCGACCCACUAAAGCGGCCGCCAGUUAAAUCAAGUUAUCCAAAACCAAUCUCAAAUUGGGAAGGCCUGCCAAAUAAUAUUGAUGCUGCAUUGCAGUACACCAAUGGCUAUACAUACUUUUUCAAGGGUGAUAAAUACUACAGAUUCAACGACAGGACAUUCUCGGUUGACGCGGCAAAUCCGCCAUUCCCUCGACCAUCUGCACACUGGUGGUUCGGAUGCAAAAAUGUGCCGUCAUCAACAGGUAAUAUAAUUGAAAAUUCCUACGAACCAUUUUUGCACUCGGCAUACAACAAUGAUGAAAAUGACGAAUCACUACAAUUCGAAGCAGGAAAUGACGACCAUCAAGCUCAUGACGAGUCUCCGGAAGUCGAUGUUUCGAGAAAAAGCAAUUCUGCGAACAAAUAUUAUACAUCUCUCAAUUGGAAUAUGCUCUUGGCGUCGUCUUUGAUGGUGCUUAUUUAUAAUUUUAAAAGUAGAUAAAAAUCACGCAGACUAUAGAAAUGGAUAUUAACAUACAUAAUAUAACGCCAAAUAUAUGAGCAGAGAAAUUGUAUACUCACCUCCUUCGAGUUCAAUAAGUGGCCGCACCUCCUCCCUCCUUAAGUGUUUGAAACUCAUGUACACGAAAGUUAGCUUUAAAAAAAUGUAUAAAUAACUGUAAUUACGUACAUAUGUACUUAGAUCAUAAUUAUACCUAUAAGCUCAAUUCGUAGAUUUAGCAAAUGUGACAUUUUAUCUAACUUAGUUUAGCCUAUAAACUUUAGUUUUCCAAGUAAAAGCAUUUGUGGUAAUGGGGCAGAAGAAUGACCUAGUAGUUCGAAAAUAUGUGAAAAGUGCAAAAACAUCAUUGUUAAAAAUAGAUCAUCUUUACUGAGUUUUUAAUCCAAAGUCGGCAAAGGUAUAUUUUAUGAAACCAAAUUUACCCUUUUGUUAUUAGGUUUAAAAUAUUUUUUACUUAAUAUAUUAAACCAUCUAAAGUGCUCUCUUAAGAAUAUCACUUAACCGAGUACAGUUUUCAUGCCUAGGCGGCUCAGAAAUGUUCGCAUGUAUAUAAUUAAAUAUUGUAUUUCAUCAUAACAUAAGUAAAAAUAUUUAAUUUUGUUAAUAUGCAAUUUUCUGUCUUAAACCUAUUGUAAAGCAAAUUGUAACUUUCAAUAAUAUUUUUAUAAAUAAGAAAUUUAUGUAAGUUAGGAAUUAUAAUGAGAUUUUUAUUAUUAUUUCCUAACUUUUGUACAUUUUAUUGUGUGAGAGACGUUUCCAAACCACGGAAUUAAUAUUUAACUCCAGAUAUCGAAGUCUUGAUAGGUUUGUUCAAAUGUUUAUAUAUACUUUUGUAAAUAAGCUCAAAUGGAAUUUUCUCAAAAUACAUAUUUACAUUAAAAUUCA